GUGCAGCAAAAACAAUGGGAAGGCCAAAACCAGAAGACUCAAUUCGACAUUUCAGCCAUCCACAUCCAUUGUUCAACUCAUCUCUCAAUCCUCAAGCCAACUCUUCUUCUUCUUCUUCUUGCGUGGUUUGCAAGUUAAAGCUCCUCAAUCUUCCUUCAUACACAUGUAAACCAUGCAACUUCCACAUCCACCUAAACUGCUCCGAGUUACCUCAAAAGAUCAGACACCCUUUCGACAGAAACCAUCUCCUGUCUCUCAUCUCCUCUCCAAAAUACCAAGAAGGGACAUUCCGCUGUGACGCAUGCGGCAAAAACGGUGACGGAUUCGCUUACCACUGUGGAGACUGCGGUAUAGAUCUUCACACGGUUUGUGCCAACAUGCCUUCUCGUGUCACGCACCAAUCUCACCCUCACCACCAACUUUCAUUAACGUUUUCCAUGCUGCCUCCGGGCGGGUCCGGAUCCGGAUCAAGAUCCGCUGCGGUGGCUAGCUUCCGCUGGUGCCAAGGACUCGGGUCUAACUCGUGGCUCUAUAGCUGUAAAGAGUGUGGUGGAUUCGAUGCUCAUUUGUUGUGUGCUAGAAAGAAACUGGCUAGUCCAACAAAUAUGGUCCAACAUGGUCCAAACCGGCCGAUGCAACCGCACUCUAUCGCCACGACGCCGUUUGUUAAUGUUCCUAGUCCAGUUUUUAAUAAUCCUUAUCCGUUGGGGACUCCAACAAUGAGUCCUAUCAUUAGACCUAUGAUUAAUGAGAUGAUUAAUAAUCUUGUAACCAAUACGCCACAAAGUCCAAGCCAAGUUUCUCAGCUUCUUGAUUUGCUCGGACCAUUUGGACUUGGAGGUGGAUCCGGUUCUUCUUCGUCUUCCGGUUAUCUAGGGUUUGACCCAUCGGUUUUCCAAUCUGUUAACCAACCAUUUGGACUGGGAGGUGGAUCCGACUCUUCUUUAUCUUCCGGUUAUCUAGGGUUUGACCCGUCGGUUUUCUCAUCUGUUGGCCAACCAUUUGGACUGGGAGGUGGAUCCGGUUCUUCUUCAUCUUUUGGUUAUCUAGGGUUUGACCCGUCGGUUUUCUCAACUGUUAACCAACCAUUUGGACUGGGAGGUGGAUCCAGUUCUUCUUUAUCUUCCGGUUAUCUAGGGUUUGACCCGUCGGUUUUCCCAUCUGUUGACCCUUCAGUGUUUGCUGGUUUCGAUCCUUCCUUGCUUUCAACGUUGUUCUCCGGACUUGGUUUUUUAUCCUAA